GUUUGACACAAUAUACUGAUAUUAAGCUCCAUGAGCGGCAAAUAUCGGCAUAAAUUGUGGACAAAACGGCUUACUUCGGACAACAAACAUUCGGUUUCCCAAUGGAAUGGCUUUUCUACCCAACAUAACCCCGAACCAAUCGACGCAGAAUGCGACGAAAACGGACAAGAGGCGAGAGGACGACAAGAAGUCUGGUUACAGGGUUAGCUUGGCUAAUAUUUAUGGUACGUCCGAACAAAGCUAUUCUAAUGUUGUUUCAAGUUGCCCGAGCGACGACAACGGUAGCAACACGGGAAAACGCGAAAGGUUGCCACGUCUAGUAGCAGCGCCAGGUACUAUUACCAGUAAACGCGAGCAAGUCUGUAACAAGGAAGAAAGCGACAACGUUUUGAAGCCACUCAAACUACCGAAGUGCCCAAGUAAUGAUCUAGUUCGCAGUAAAGCCAUGUUUUGGAUAGAGCCGCUUGGCCUUUGGGCUCCUCUCAAAAAAGGAAGAAGACUGUACGAAAAGUUUUCAAGAAGGAUUGAUCUAUUGUGCAAAGACCCGGACUAUUUUUUGGAUCCGUGUCCACAUAUCCCAAGAUGCGAUCAUUCCCGUUCGUGGUCCGCGGUGAGAUUGGAGCGGCAGAGAUACCGUGAAUUGAGGGAAAUGAGGAACAAAGAGUUGUUGGAAAAGACGUUCGAGAGAUAUCAGAACAUGCAGGAACUGUGGUUUGAACAAAUGAACAACCGAAGCGGCGCACUGCAUUCUACGCCAUCUCACAUGCGUUUGCAGAACUUCAGAAAAUCUACAGGAAGGAUUUUGGCGCCUUUGGACCAAACCAGGAGACUCGAAAGACUGCAAGAAAGACAAAGGGAAUGGGAGGAGGCCUGGGACAAAUUAGCUAGCGAAAGGCGGGAAAGAACAACCCAGAAAAAAAGCCCUGAAAAUUUACUUCCACAGAUCAUAGUUACCGAGUACGAAUUUGUGUGGGCUUCACAUGACGAACAUGGCGAGGAAUCGUGUGCCAUGUACUUGGAGGAAAGCUAUCAAGUCAUAUGCAGGCAAAUUCUGAACAUUUUUCCGCGAAAAAACUUUUCAAGAACACCGACCAUUUCCAAUAAAAUAGAAGUUGAAAAUAGAAAGCUUUCAAGGGGAUUAGAUAAUACGGAAAAUGAAUAUCGGUGUUUUAAUCCCUCGGAAGAUGUAUUCGGGGAUAUUGACUCUGGGAUUCAUGUUCCUACCGCCACAAUAGAUAUGGACGAACCGUAUUCUUCUAGAUCAGACCAUUCGAAUUAUACGACAGACGAUUUUAACCCCGCAGAUGAAGUAGAUUCUUCCGAGGGUGGUGGGGGAAAGAUAGGGAGUAAGACUACCCAUAAUUCCUCCUCAACGAUAUGCAGUAUUUCAGGGGCAAGCCUUGAUACAGUGGGUCAUGACCGUACAGUUGUGGAUAUAGCGCAAGCUUUUGGAAUCAAACACGCCGAUAACACAGUUCAAUUGAUGAGUCAACUAGUGCCAGCUCCUUUGGGCGUAUCUUGUGGAAAGAUCCCGGAUCCACAAAUGACAGCAUCGUCAUCACUUGACACCUAUCAUACCGCUGACCAAGCAAGGCUGCAUAACGAGAAACAAGAUAUAAACGGUGGAGCAUGGUUUCCAAGGGGACGUGACACCACUCCAUAUCUUCAAGUAGACCUGGGUCAGGUGACUACGGUACAACAAGUUGCGUCACAGGGAAACCCGGCCUCCGCCGUGAAAAACGAGCGGCACAAACGCUGGGUGACUAAAUUUAGCUUGGAAUUUAGCGAAGACGGAAAACAUUGGACGGAGCAUAAAGAAUCUGGCAAACUAAAGGUUUUCACAGGAAAUUGUGACUCGGAUUCAGUUGUUCUCAACAGCUUAGACAAUGCUGUGCAAACGCGAUUUGUUCGAUUUCGACCGACAGAAUGGCAUACUGGUGUUGCUAUGAGGGUCGAAGUUUUUGGUUCGAGUCCUCUCACAGACAUUGUUGAAAAGACAGAAGCUGGGACGCCUGAAGACAAACUAGAGUGUUCGCUUUCCGUCGACGAAAGCCUGAAACACGAAGACAUUGCAGGAAACCAAAAAGCCGAAAUGGUCUUUUGCGACGUCGUUGUUAGUUCGGAAACGGGUGAAUUUGACAAUCCAAAAGACAUCAAUAGACAAUCCAUAGACAAUGUCUUCUGGAUUGUCUAUGCAUAUACCAAUACCAAGUCUUGGAGUAAGAACGGAAAUGGAGAAGAUAAGAUGGUUGUUGCUAAAUUUGACCUCAACAGUGACAUAAAAGAACUACCCCUACGAGCUACUGUUGAUUGUGCCAGCGAAGUUGGGUCAUCAUCAUCUGACAUGUCCAAAGAAACAAAGAGUCAGUGUAGCGAAGACAACAUCAGCGACCGCAGCAAAUCUGAAGAAAUAUUAUCAAACCAAACGACAGAACCCGAUGGUCAGCAAAUCAAUGUCGAUGAAAAUGAACCUCUACAACCUCCAACUUCUCAACCUGAAGAUAUCACUGCGCUUCAAGACCCUCACCCUCCACCGCCCCCCAGGCCUUCCCCGACAAUCUCUCCCCUGGAGAGCUGGGCACAAGCGCUUGAACGUGCGCGCUCCAACGGGAACAUUCGACGGGAAUUACAACGGGAAAAAUUGGCCGAAGAACGAAGACAGAAACUGGCGAAGCUUCGAUCCAAGAAUAGUUAUAGAAACGGAGAAAAAUUAGUUGUUACUGAAGACCGAGAUGAAUUAGGAGAUUUCUUAGACAAAUACUGUAUCGUAAGGCAGUCGGAAUCGAUCAUCUAUAAAAAUGUCUUUGAAAAGUUUGACGAAGAUAAAGAUGGGUUUUUAUGGCCCGAAGAAGUGUUAGAAGCUCUGGAGAAUGUCAACUCAAAACUUUUGACUGACUCGCAUCUGAGCUACGUAUUUCGGGUCUUGGAACAGUGUGAUUGUCAUGCAGAUAUUGGAAUUGGGUUUCGCCUAUUCUCUGUGAUUGCCGCUUUGUCCCAGCGAGUCGCCUCACUCAAUGAUAAAAUGAAGAAAUUAAUUGCCAAAUGUGAUUUCAAGACUUUAGACUGCACCUUAGACAGAGUCAAGAUGUUAUUUGAAUGCUAUGUGAACAAAGAAACGAUGAGUAUCUCCCGGACUGACCUUUGGAUAGGAUUGGCCGCCGGCGGCUUGAGGUCAGCAGAGGCGACGAUCGACGAUUAUUUCUCGGAAAAAAACCGUUUCGAUUUCCUAGACUUUUUAACGUAUCUUCCGCUGUUUCAGGAAAUUCACGGAUACGUGGUGGAAAACCCCCUCACUUUGUUUUAGAAGUGUACUGUUUAUUUAUAAACAUACGAAAUAUUUAUUGAUGUGAGAAUCCUAAAUUAUAGCUCUUAUCUUACAUACUUUUAACAGCUGGUAAAAACACCAAAUAAUA